UGGCUGACUACAAAAAGUGUUCCCCUCGGGCUUCACUCUCACUUUCCAGCAGCUUCACGCACGCACAGCAUCAUGAUAGGAAACGAGGUUUUCUCCUGUUUCGUUUUUUACGGCGUCCUUCUGGUGAUAAAGAUGUACAUCAUCGCGAUAAUAACGGGACAAGUCAGGCUGAGGAAAAAGGCUUUUGCCAACCCCGAGGACGCGUUGAGACACGGAGGUAUGCAGUAUUACAGAGAGGACCCGGACGUAGAAAGGUGCCGCAGAGCUCACCGUAAUGACCUCGAGAACAUCAUCCCCUUCCUGUUCCUUGGUGCUGUCUACUCCAUUAUAGGCCCUUCCUUGACUGUGGCUCGCUUUCACUUCCUGGUUUUCCUCCUCGCCCGUGUGGUCCACAGCAUAGCCUACCUGUUUGUGCUGCGUGCGCCGACCCGCUCUCUUGCCUACAUUGUUGGACAGAUACCUUGCAUUUCCAUGGCACUGCAGAUUCUCAUAGCAGUUGCUGCUUACGCGUAACAUCUAGACUUUAAUCCGCAGAAGUAGAGGUCAUGACCUCUAACCUAUGCCACAGAAGGAAUGAGGAAGAAAUCCAUGAGGCCACCUCGAAGAUGUGGGCUAUAAGAUGGGAAUGACUGCAUGCGAGAUACGGUGUGUUGCUGCACCACAAGCUCCUUUGAAGUUUUGUAUUUUUUAUCGUCAGAUUUGAGAAUGUGAGAACUACUUCUUGUACAGCACGGAGAGUUAACCGAAGGUGAUCAUGGUGUACUGUACUCGUACGUAAAAUGCAAACAAAGACUGCUCCCUGAAUGGCUGAGUUUAAACCCAUUUUCCAGCGCUUCCAGGCCGACCCCUGACUUUGGUAUUUAUAUACAACAAACCGCCAUCGAGUUCUCCCGUUACCCUGUUAUUACCUCAAAGGCAUCUUCUCUUUCCUGUUCCGUAUUGUUUGCACGCAACUCUCCAACAAAAGACUUAACUGAUCCUGGCCGGUAUUGUCGUGAGUUGUGCUAAUAAGUGUGUCAGCGUAAUGGUUUCUCCGGCUCUUUUUAAAGUGCCGCAGAGACCAACGGAUUGUAGACCGUGAAAUAUUUGUAGGAGAAGGAACACAUUAAAUAUUGCAGGUAUUCUGAAGUGUAAUAUUUAUAUUUAAAUGCUCAUUUCUGAUAACAUGCAUAUUUAACUUAUUUACUUUCUUGCCAUAAAGUGUAAAACCUUGACAUAUUGUUGUAGAAAAUAAUAAACGACUUUUUCCAA